AAUGUCGAUUCUAAUGAACAAUUUACGGAUAGGAAUGACGAAUCAAAAAAUUCUAUACAAUGGUUUAGGACACCUCUCUUUCAAGGAGGCAGCGGGGAUUCGAAUUCCCCUGGGGGUAGGGUACUACGAAAGGAAGUUGAUCAUGAAUUAGCAAUAAGCCUAAAAAGGAUUCUUCCUGGAUCGAUGCCCGAGUGGUUAAUGGGGACGGACUGUAAAUUCGUUGGCAAUAUGUCUACGCUGGUUCAAAUCCAGCUCGGCCCAACAAUUCGCCAACCGACUUUCCCUGGGAUUGUAGUUCAAUUGGUUAGAGCACCGCCCUGUCAAGGCGGAAGCUGCGGGUUCGAGCCCCGCCAGUCCCGACAGAUCCAAUCUCCAAUAAAUACAUCAAUUCAUCCUUUCUUUUCUAUUUUUUCCAUUUCGCUUUUAUUGUUUCUAAGUAUGCAAUUAAAAGACACGGAAGGGCAAUCUGAUGAUUCUUCAACGAUUGUCUAA